CCGCAAAGCCCACCGGGCAGCAUGGGCACGGAGAACAAAGCACUAAGAGUCAAAGAGGUCCAAACUGCCAAGUGAUCCCCCACCUAAGGGCCAAAGAGGUCCAAACUGGUAUGAUCCUGAAUCCUGAUAAUACCACACCGCUUCGCUCCCUUUUGCAAGUUACUAGGCUCCUCUAUUUACGCUACGUAACAUAGAAACCUCGAUUUUACACCUAGAGAUUAACUUCACGCAAGACCAAGCCACAGUCUUAAGUGUGAAUUGAUGGGAGCAGGAGCCUUGACUUCCACCUACUGAAUUUUUCGCUUUUGUCCAAAAUGUCGUUAUAGCAAAGCAACCCAGAAGAUGAUGCAGUGAAACGAGUCUUUUCAAAAACUAACAACACACCAAAAUGUCGUUUUAGCACGCGCAGUGCAAAGUGCCAACUACAAAUACAAACAAACUUAGGGCCCCUUUCGGUUACCGACCAAGUAUGUUGGACCUGGACCACCACUCCACCAAGCCAUUCUGGGCCAGCGCGUCGUACUUAGCUGUUCCUUUCAGGCCCAUAUAUUAAUUCGCGGGUGCAGCCCAAUCAGGGAAGCUGAAGUUGAAAGGAGCCCCCAGCCAAGCCCAUUCUAGUUCUGUGGCCCAAGCCCACCGAAGGAGCAACAGUAAUAAUCUCACUCGGUCAGCUACUCAGACUUGACUCACCUAACCUGUUAAGUGUUAAGUUCUUUGGCUUUGGACAAAUCUGAUAUCUGACCCAUUCUAACGGAAACUCCACUUGUCUCUCUUGUAUGUGUUCUUCUGUCUCUGGGAAACUGACGUGGCAGAUCCCAAAAGACAACCAGCAAAAAAAUCAGUCCAUAAAAUAAUAAAAUAACAAAAUAUAGGCAAAUAAUAAUAAUUAUAAUGCCAGAAGGCAGAAACAAACAAAUGGGAUGCAAAUUUGGGUUUGGCUGUCCUCUCCUUCCCAUGUAAGUGUGGUUUGUGUUGCAAUGUAACAAUUUAUGUGGCCAAGGAGUUUUCAGAUGUACAAGGUUGAUGGGGGUUUUUGGCCUUGCUCUUCUAUUCGGGGCACUUUGUAGCGGAUUACUUGUCACGUCGAUUUCGUAGAGUCGUAAAAAAAAGAUGUAGGACUUGAUGAGCAUCUAAUUAUUUGGUAUUUGUUAGUAGGUAGAUGUUUGGUGAAGAGAUUAUUCAGAUGUUUGGUUUACCUUAUCUGACUAUGAAUGUCAUAGAGAUUAUUCAUAUCUUUUUAGUUUCCCUAUUAGUUAAUACAGGCAGGCGAGGCAACUCUAUGAAAAUUUCCAAACUCCUAUUUAAUUAACAUUCUGCACACUUUUUAGUCAUGCGUAUAAGUAAGAGAUAGUGACUCACCAAUUCAAUGUUUAUGUUUUAGUUGGUAAGACAACUCCAACGAUUAUUGCAAUGGUGAUCGAACUUGUCCCUCGUUAGAAGUUGUUUUUGAUUAAAUGUUGGACACAUCUUUUCUUUAUUUGAUUCAAUCCAAAUUCAAUUUGAUUUUGGACUAGCGAUAAAUCUCAAAUGAUAUUUAUGCAUGUUUUUUUUUUUUAAUAAAUAAAUAAAGGAACCUGAAAACUGGCAGCCAGCCAUAAGAAAACCCUAAUUAAAUUAAAAAUAAAGGAACCCCAGAAAGUUAAAUCUGCCGUUUAAAAACCAUCAAUAAAAAGGAAUCGCCACUGUCCACACUCCCGCACUGCCGCACACUCUCCUGCUGCGCUCUCUUCACACUCUCUCAAAAAACCCCUUUCCCCUUCUUCCCCUGCCUUCCCUUCCAUUUCCCUGCAAUGGAAACUUUCACGAUCCUUCUCUCCCUCUCAAUCUGCCUCCUCGGCGGCCUCUACUGGUUCGUCUGCCUCCUGGGCUCCGCCGAGCAGAAGGGCAAGCACGCCGCCCAGCUCUCCGGCGGCUCGAUCUCCGCCGAGAAAGUCCAGGACAAGUACCAGCAGUACUGGUCCUUCUUCCGCACCCCUUCCCAAAUCGAAACCGCCGAGAAAGUCCCCGCCUUUGUAGACACCUUCUACAAUCUCGUCACCGACAUCUACGAAUGGGGUUGGGGCCAAUCGUUCCACUUCUCGCCUUCCUUGCCGGGGAAAUCCCACCGCGACACCACCCGCCUCCACGAGGAAUUCGCCGUCGAUCAGCUCAAAGUCAAGCCCGGGAGCCGAAUCCUCGACGCCGGGUGCGGAGUCGGCGGCCCAAUGCGCGCGAUUGCGGCGCAUUCCGGCGCGAAAGUUGUCGGGAUCACGAUCAACGAGUAUCAGGUGAAAAGGGCUCGCGACCACAACAGAAAGGCCGGGCUUGAUUCGCUUUGCGAGGUUGUCUGCGGCAAUUUCUUGAAGAUGCCGUUUGAGGAUGCGAGCUUCGAUGGGGCGUACUCGAUUGAGGCGACCUGCCAUGCCCCCAAGCUGGAAGAGGUAUAUUCUGAGAUUUUUAGGGUUUUGAAGCCUGGAUCGAUGUAUGUUUCGUACGAAUGGGUGACCACCGAUUUGUACAAAUCGGAGGAUCCUGUUCAUGUGGAGAUAAUUGAAGGGAUUGAGAGAGGGGAUGCGCUUCCAGGCCUUAGGAGGUACAAUGAUAUCGCGGAGACGGCGAUGAAAGUUGGGUUUGAGGUGGUGCAGGAGAAGGAUUUGGCGAGGCCGCCGGCAGGGCCGUGGUGGUCGAGGUUGAAGAUGGGGAGAAUUGCUUACUGGAGGAACCACAUUUUGGUUACUGUGCUGUCUUGGAUAGGGAUUGCCCCCAAAGGUGUGGUGGAUGUUCAUGAGAUGCUGUUCCACACUGCAGAUUACUUGACUAGAGGUGGAGAGACUGGUAUCUUCACUCCUAUGCAUAUGAUUGUCUGCAAAAAGCCAGAGGCUUGAAUGAAAAAAAAAUCGAAAGGGUGGUGGUCUGAUUCUUCCCUCUGGUUUGGGUUUGGCUUGGUUUGAUCAUGGAUGGAGGUUGCUGCUGUUGCAAUGCAAAAUUAGAUGUGUUUUGGGGUCCUGGUGAUAAUUUGACAACUUUUGUUUCUUCCUUUUGUCUAUUUUCAAGAUAUUAGUUUUAGCUUUUGAAGCCUUAUUGGGUUUUAGCUGUGGUACUUUUGUCUCUAUUGUUGUUUGCUGUUGGUGUUAGUUGGCAGAUAGCAACUGCUCUGUCUUUGGUGUAUUUAGUUUCACUAGCUUCUCUUUCUUUGUUACCUCUUUUAGUAUAAUGCAGUGGGGGCGACUACCAGUUGUGUUUUGGUUAUGGGCAAGCAGGCUUGAAAUAGGGUUUGUAUUUAUCUUACUCUAUUUUGUAGAACAUGAAGGAAGGAUAGUUUGUGAGAGAAAUUACCUACUCUUAACCAUCUGUUCAAGUUCCUCAAAGCUCAACAAGUCUCUGCUGUUCUGUGCAUUAAUCCCUCUUCAUUACCUCGUUCCUCUCCGCGGACUUUGAUGGUUCUGCUGCAUUUAUGAAGGCAGCAUAUAUUCCAUACAUUUUCCUGCAUUUUAUUAUUAUUAUCUAUUUGCCUUUGAUUUAACGGGUUGAAUGUCUGUGUAUGGCCAUCUGCAAGCUUGGUGGAUUACAGCUGAAAUUGAUGCUGGAAUAUAGCUGAUGUGUUCAGUUGUUGUCUUGAAUCCAUGGCAUGUGAUCCCAAUAGCUGUAUGGUGGGCUCUUUUUUCAGAUUCAUUUGUGGUCCUACUUGGUUGGCUGCUGGUCAGGCCUAAAAUCAAAGUAUACAAAGGAAGACUUAGAAAGCCUCAACCUUUGUGUAUAAACAAAACACAACCCCGUGGACAGUCAUUUAUGGCUUUCGUGCAAUCACUCCCCAGCUGUAAGGAGAUUGCCAACAGCACAAGGAAUUAGUCAUCUGUUUUCAUGGUGGGCAUAUUCUGAUAUUAACGAGAGCAAGAGGUAUGAUGUGGACAGAACAACCUUGGGAUCAUUUAUGAUUCAGUAUAACUGCGAUAGACUUUAAUGUGCAUGGAUACUGUUGUUGCAUUUGAUGCCCAAGAUUGUUGUUGGGCACAAAUUGCCUAGGAUGUGAGUUGGAUCCGGAUGUCGACAGAGGCAGAUAAUAAGUUUCUUUCAUCAAGUAUUUAUGAACUGUGUUUAUGACAGAUUAACUAGUUUGUGGCAUCUUAUGCAUAUUAUUGAACCCUUUCACUUGUAUGUAGCUUAGCUGUUAGCCCCUGGAAGUGGACCUGUACACUGAGCUUGAUAUUGUGAAGAAAAGGAAAGAAGAUUAUACAAAGAUCUUUUGUUAUCACGUGACAUGUUGUUAUGUUGCAGAAUAUUGUAUUCUUUGUGGAUCUCAAAGUAUACAAAGUUAGUGGAUCCAUUCAAUUUCAGGGAUUACAAUAAUGUUGGGUUCUUCUGUCUUUACUUCUGUUCCAUAUUCCAUCGGUUAUAUGAAACUUGAUUUUUCUAUACUUCCUAAACGACAGCGUGUGUUGGGUCAAUUUGUUUGUUUAUGAAGUAGUUUGAGCUGAAAUGGUCACAUGCCACAGUUCUGUAUGUAAGCUCUUGCCUUGUGAAGUGGCCCUUUUAUGUUUACACUUUAGUAAAAGUUCAGCUGUCUUUUGCAUCAUCAUCCAACCUUUGCUGUUUCUUUUCAUUUUAGCCCACUUUAUAUGACUACUGCAACUUUUCCACCAUUUCUGCUCGGUUGCGUCUGGUAUAUGCACUUGCAGAUGCUAAAAGAACCCUGCUUUUCUUUUUAGCAAAAGGGAAGUCGCAUUAAGGAGGAAAGUAAAGUUAAAGUUGUGAACUUUUUAUGAGAUAUUCUAUUGGGAACUUUUGGAGAUCCAGGAGAACGUGAGGUUAUUAGCUGUGAUCUGAAAGGGUUGUAAAAUAUCAGAUGUGAGCUUGUGAUGGAACCUCUGAUCUAUUUUAAUUAGAAGUAUGAUUUCUUUAUUAUCUUCUUUGUCUUCAUCCCUGACAGGCAGAAAUGUGUUCCAACUCCUGUGGUGCAGGAACUGUGAGCCAUGAUGAAAGAGAGGGCUAUGGAGGCAACUGUGAACCUCUUUGUGGUUUUAAACUUCUUUGUUCCUUUAUCUGAAGGAUUACUAAGGUGUACUGGUAAGAAUCGAAUUGUAAAAAUUGAUAAUACCUUUUUUUGUGGUAGGGAUGGUUUCUUUUUUCGAAGACCAUCACGUACACCAUCGACAACAGUGAUUAAUUCAGCAUGGAAUAGGUAGUUGUAGGAAGUGAUUAACAGCUUGCUACUAAGUGAACGACAUUCUCAUGAACAGGGAUUGAACAACCAAUGAUGUGAUUGAGAGACGAUGGGACCAACAAGGCUAGACACCCUGUUAGUUUAGCUUCUUUGCAUUGGUAUGUAUUCACUCUCUUUCCUUUCUUUUGUACAUAUCCUCCUUUAUUUUUUAUGAAGUUUGGUCAUCUGGCCUUUCUAUUAGGAUGGACCCAAAAUGGGCCUUGUUGCUCUGAUGAUUGAAUGAGCCCUAGAUCCUUAUCUUGUACCAGUAUGAUAUAUGUGUAGAUACCAUAAGUUGUGUGCUGAAAUUCCCCUGAAAGCUAAUGUAAUAAUAUUGCUGACUUUUGGAACCUCAGAAAUGGCUUGGGAAGCCAAUGAUUUUAGAGGCCUAAUUGACAUCCAGUCUCUUCCUUUCUUUUUUCUGUUUCUUUAAUCUCUGAGCCUGAUAUGAGUCUCUUCAUUACAUUUUAUGAUCAAGGUCCCUUAGAAGCAAGAGGAAUAAUGCCUUCCAAUGAUGAGAGAAACCAAUCCAAUAAUGGGGACUGUGGAAGUUAAAGAGUUAUGAUUAGCAGGAAGAAAACUGGAAUGAUUAG